CAAAAAGGAUCUCAACUUCAACGUCGACGUUAGAUCGGCACCCAUUAGGAGAAAUUAUAUUAUUAUUUCGUUAACGUCGAAAUAAAAAUUUCCUCCGGUGAGUGGCCGGCGUUAUUUAUACGUUUAAACUGAUUAGAAAUGAAAAAAAAAAAGAUUGAAAUUUUUGCUCUCGCUCGAUAGGAUUACUUGUCUCUAUCGAAUUGAAUUGAAUUUUGCAUCGACUUUGUACGAAGGCUUUCGUAUCGACUACCCAAUGAAUUUAUAACGUAAGUAAACGCAUUGGUAACUUUAUUCCGGCACUCUGUAAGAUUGGAUACGGCUGUGCUCGAGGGUAUACUUUUCGUCCAUUAUACGUAUAUUAUAGUUUCUUUUCUUUUCCGACGGAAAGAACGAACCGAUUAAUCCGUCGGUUUAUUCAGUUAUGCCGAGCUUGAGAAUUUUACUUUAUCAAUGGUUGAAGAUCGAUGCGAUCGAUUCGCACUAGGUGUUAGGGAUCGCCGAUCGAGCACGAUUAAGCUAAUAGCCCUUAGAGUUGGAGAGCGUGCGCGUGGCAGCAUAGCCAAGAGAAUUCACGUUUUGUUCGCGAUCGAUGUAAUCUGCGGUUCGGCUUUUCACAGGAUGCCAGACGAAUAGAGAGAGAAACACACAUUCUCGAUGAUCGAGUUGCUUUGGCUUCGGCCAUCGUACUCCUACGAUCGCGUCGCGUCGCGUCGUUGAGGGACUUCGCAGGUUCAUAGCCGACGCGUUUUGAAAAUAGACCUUUCUACGACGCAUUUUGAAAGACGACUUCCUUCCCUCGUCGACGAGUACACAAAAACCGAUCGCUUAGAUCACUCGAGCUUCGAAACAUCUCGUUCCAAAGAAGUGAUCGAUUUAUCAAAGAGAAUAUUUGAGAAAAUAAAACGAGCCACGACGAGUAUCAGGUAGCUCUACCAGUACUUGCGUAGUGAAAACUAUGCUGGGCACGAAUCGCGAGGACACGGUUUGAACGGACAACAGCUCACAAUGGGGUAUUUCUAAUCAACGAGCUAAUUCUGACUCCUAAUUAGAAGUAGGCUUUGUUAAUCGGCUACUGGCCGUUCCAUCGAAUCUAUCGUUCCUAUCUACGAUCGCCUUUCCAAUUUCAACUAUCUAUCGAUCGAUCGAUCGAUCGAUCGAUUCUGCCUCUCUAAUCAACCGUAACGUUCGUUCGAGCGUCCUUCCAAGCACGCUCGGAAUAAUGAUCCUACGGGAGUGUAUGAGGUACGAUACUAACGAACGAUUGUAACAAAUUUACUUGCGAUCGUGCGGUCGAGUGCAUCUUCUACGAUAAAUCUUGAAAAUUUCGAGCUCCUCGUACUAUUCUUAAGGGAUAUUUCUCAAAGGAUAGACGAGAAAUGCGUAAUAAAUCGUAAAUGUCCGUCUCAUUGAAUCAUGAGAGAUAUGGAUCGCCGUAGACGGAGAGUUUGCGUUUCAAGAGAGACGGUUCGAUGUGCUUGACUAAUGGCCGGUGUCCACCACUCGCAAGUUCGUUCAAACGUUAAGAUUUCGAAAAGGUAAGGAGCGAUAACGCUCGGGGUAUCACAUUUUAUUUAUCUGUCCGAUAUUUGCAUUUUCUCUCUUUUUAAUAUUUAGCAUAAAUAAAGGCUCAAUAACGUAUUCGUGCUGCAGAAAGUCCAUGCAAUGAAGAUUUCAGAGUGGAUAGGCUCUUUUGUGUUGAAAGUCGUAGCGGUUAUGUCUCUGACGCGUCGCCGAGGGCGUGUAAAUGUGGAAAACGAAACUCACAAAAGGGAGGGAGAAGCAGAGAGAGAGAGAGAGAGAAAAGACAAAUUCCGACGGGUGUAGUCGGUAGCAUUCGAGAAUCGUCGUUACUGCCGUAAGUCAUGUCUUUCCUUCGUGUUGUCUCUGGGUUAUUUGCUUCUUCCCUCCUUUCGACUCGCUCUCUCUCUCUCUCUCUCUCUCUCUCGUGCCGCGGCUCGAGGAACAACAGGAUACGUCCGAGCGAAGGAUUUUUAUUGCUCGCCGCAGGCUCCUCGUCGUCGCUUGCGACUAAACGUAUCGAUCCUGCUUUGUCCGUAUUUGGAAAAAAAGCUACGCGUCUAUGCAUCUACAUAUAUUCCUAUCUACGUACGAACGCGGCAUGUAUGCAUAUGUACUGCGAGUGGAUCGACUCGAAUCGACUAUUUGUAAAGGCUCGAAACGCGAAGGUUAUAAAAGUAUAAAAAUGAAAUAUGGCACUCGUAUAGGUAUUUCAGGAUGCGAGAAAUGGAAGCUCCACGUUAUCGUUAACGUGGGGCCUGAUCGAUUAAUUGAGGCCAAUUCAAAAUGGACAAACGGAAUGGAAUAUUUCUGUUCAACUUGUAGUACAUUUUAGUCCAUUGCCGUUUCAUCUUGAAGCCCUACUAUAAAUAAUUUUCUACGAGAGCUUUCACCGAUAAAUAUUCGACGUAAAGCGACGCGCGCACUCCCAUACUGAAAGGAACACCAUCGAUGAACGCAAAAAGGUUACUCCGUAUGUACGGGACAGUUAAAGGGUAGGUAUUUGCCGAUGGAAAUGGCAUUCACGUGGGUUACCUUGAAGGUUUAUUUAUUUAAGAAUUUACAGUGCGCGGUCGUUGGUUUUUGAAAUUUAUCGCAGAAACGAAGAUAGAGAAGGAAGAUAAUGACUCAGAAGCGUUACAUCAUCCUGUUUCCUUCUAUAAAAGUACAUUGACUUUUAUUUCUUAUCUUUUGGACAGAGCGACACUCGUUAUUUACACCGUGUUUGAACGGUACCGUAUACACGUUUCUUUCCUUCGUUGUAAACGUUUCGUCCGAAGCGAUUAAAAUGUAGUUAAAAUGUCGCGCGAAACCAAGAAACUCGCAUAAAUGCGGAUGCGAUUAUAACGAACGAACGAACGAACGAACGAACGAACGAACGAACGAACGAAUUUUCGAAGUGGUAUCCUACAAUUUAAAUCGUUAUGUUUCCGAUAGAACCGAGUAACGUAACACGAUAAUGGUACAGCAAAAGUACUAAAAGUACUACUGCUGUGUGUACGAGUAAAUUCAUCUAGCUCGACUUUAAAUAGAAGCUUGGUCGUAAUAGCCAAAGGUGAAUGGAAGGAAAGGCUUGCGUAAAACUUUUUCUUUUGGUAUUUCUUUUCGUUUCCUACCAGCGAACAACAACUGGAAAUGGUAACGUUUGCUUUGGCGCAAUCGCGACGCGUGCAAUUUGCAGGAAGGGAGGAGGAUGACAAGGACGUCGAGCGCUGCUCCUCGGCAUUGCUUUUCAACGGUGCGUAGACAGCCUGACGAAGAAAGCGUCGGUGAGAGCGAACGAAUAUCCUUUUCAAUGGGGCCGACGAGUGCCCACAGGCCUCUCUCAUUCUCUUUUUCUCCUCUUCGCUCGCCAUCCCCUUACAUUUGCUUUUUUUCCUUUUUUACCUUUUACUUUAUCCUCCAUAUACCCUUGCUCUUCUUUCCUCUCGUUGCUCGUUCUCACCCACGUGACUCUCCACGAUGCUCGCGAGAUAUUCCUUCGCCACACUUUUUCUCUAUACUCUGCCCUUUUUGCCUCCCCCUCUUUCCCCAUCUUUACCGUCAACGAGAACCAUCUACAACGUAUCGUUCCGUGCUCGGUAUGUGGGUCAUGAGGAAUGAACCCCUAUAUACGCGAAAAAAAGACGAUCAUUCGAGAGGGAGAGAGAGGACGAGCGAAUAUAUUUCUACGCAUAAGGAAUUGAAACUGACGCUAUUUUAUGCGAGUACGAUAAUUCUCGAUAGUAGCAGUAAGCGCGUUCACAGGAGAAAGAGUUUAAAGAUGUUGUAGAAUUUUUAAUGCGCCGAAUAAUGCGAAUAAUACGCUCAUCCGCAAGAGAUUAUCUCUCGGAACUCGUACUACCGAAGGGAGAUUACGUUUGUAGCCGGUUGCUACCGUACUCGUCUCUCCCAUUCUCCUACGAUGCGUACGAUAAAAUUGAUAAAAUAACUGAGAAAAGGCGAGCUAAAUCUGGAGGCUUACUGCGUAAUCGCCUUUACCUUUUAAAUAUUCCAAGUUCGACGCUUUUAUGUACUUUUUAGAUUCUCCUUAUAAUCUCGUGUGUGCACUUUGUUAAUAUUAUCGGACAAUGAUAAUACUCGAGGCGACGUUAAAAUUUAGGACAUAAGCGUAGGAAUAAAAAAAUAUCGAUAAUUGUCGGGCGUAAACAACGGUGUCGGUAAGAAAUGUUAGAAAACGCGUCAAAGAGAAUUUCGAGAUACCGACGGAGCCGAGCGAGCGAUACUACGUGUUUCAAGUUGUACUUAAAAACUUGAGAUUGAAGGAUCGUUUCUCAUUUAUUUGCGCCACGCGAGAACAAAGGCGCAAAGCCAGCGGGUAAAUUCAAUCCAACAUUUUAUGCCACCGUAUUCUGCAUUCGAAAGAAAUCGCAAUUUUUUCCCUAAAUUCUAUUUUCGUCCUGGUGGUGGUUUUCUUUUUCUUCGCAAAUCGCUUAAUGGCUCGUCGUAGUCGCUCGCGUCCUGAUGAAUGACACAACUAAACACAAUGGCAACAGGAAAUAAUCGCGAUAAGAUUACAAGUACCAUGGACGAGGAAGGAAUACCUUACGACGAUCCACGCUUCGUCGAAAUUCUGGAAGCUUGCCUGCACGUGGAAAUUGCCGCCUAUAAAGAAUCAUACGGCAAAACUCAGGCUGAAAUAAGGAAGAUAAAAAGAAACGUUCUAAUGAAGCUAGAGAAGAGAAAGGAGCUUAAGAAAAAGAUAGAAGAUGCGGAAGAUGUAAUAUCGAUGUCGAACGUUACUUUAAGAAGAUUGCGGGAAGAUGUGAGAGAAACGAAACAAAGGAUCGAACUGAUCGAAGCGAAUGCCGACGAUCGUUCGAAAUUAAUGUCGUACGAGAUGCAACGUUAUCGAGAGAUUCUAGAUGAAUACAAGAAAACUUGGCAAUCCUAUCACACCGAAUACGAGGAUUUUCCGUUGGCUAAGAAACGAAAGGAAAGGGAGACCGAGCUGAAGAAGGUUUGCAUCGAGAAAAUGGUAUUGGAAUUUAAGUUGAACGAGUUGAAGAUAAAAUGCGAGCAAAAGAAGAAGAUCGAUGAAAUAAGGACGAGGUUAAAAAUAAUAGAAUUAGCUAAAGCGAUGGUAAAUAACGAGAAAUUGGAGCGAAAAUUGGUUGACCUGAGGAACGAAAUCGAUCAUUGCAAGCGGCAACUGCAUUCGAGGGAACUAGAGUUAAAGUCAUUGCAAAGACGAGAAGAGGAGGAUAGGAAGGAACGAGCGAUGAAACUGUUGGAGAUGCCACCGCCGAAAAUAAAUUUGUCACGGGUACGAUUAAAUUAUUCGCGCAAGUGGCAAGAUUUAGAGAUAAGAAAAAAAAUGCCACCCGUCGAUUCCGAUUCGAUGUCGGUUAACACGAUCGCCUUGGAGGAGAUGUGUAUAAGCGACGAUAUUACCGCCGAAGAUACGGGCAACAAGGAUCUUGCCAUUUCUAUUUCGAUGGACGAUCGAAAACGAUCGACGAACAACCUUUUCUUCGACUAUGAAAUAAAGGAAAAGGGAACGCGCGAUCCAAAGAGUACGGAAAAUUUUGCGGUAGCAACGUCUUUGCAAAAGACGCAGAGCAAAAUGUUAGCGUCCUUUUCGAGCAACGCGGAAUCAAUCGCCAAACAGACGAGCUUCAAAGGAAAAGACGAACAGAAACGAUCUACGAUGCCGGUGGACGCGGAAGAAGAAUGUGCUAUUAAUUACGAGGAAAAUCGAUUUCCGAACGAUCUGUGCCAGCCGAAAAGGAUGAAAUUUGUUCGAAACGACGAAAAGGACGGUGAACAUAUAGAUAUCGAAUUGUCGCAAACGUCGAAAAGGUCCACUCGCUAUCCGCGAAUCACAAAGAUCGAGAAAGUGCAAUACGGUGUGACGUCUUUGACGAAACGCAAAAAUGUACUACUCGACGCCUCGAAAUCGUUCCUUUCUUCGAAUAACUUCGAUUAUGAGACGAACGCGAGUCGUGCGACAUCCUUCAUGUUAAACGAAGCGCUUAUGAUCAAAGAUUUAAACGAUUCGAAAUCGGCCCAGCCUUCCAUGUACGACGACAAUUCGAGGAACUUUGAAUUGUCCGAUUGUGCGAAUGCUUCGAAUAUACCCGAUAUAGAUAUAAAUAUGGAAUCCGUCGAUGUGAAUUGCGAGAAAAUCGAUCGCCAGGAAGACGAGAAAGAAGCGUCGCCGCAAGUCACUCCUCGUUUCAACUUCUCCGAUCUGCUCAAACUGAAAACCGAUAAUAAUUUUCGUAUCUUUUGAAGUACCCAGUAAGUGGCGCCUGAUGCUGCCAAUCGUCUCGCCCUGUUCCGCCGUACGACCGCACAGUCUGCGAACGAAUUCCACCACGUACAAUUUUCAUCUCGAAAGGAAGAAAGACAAAUUUUGUCCAUUAUCAUCGCUGUUUAAAAGUCUUAAUACGUGCUCAAACCUUAAUACGUGCAACGACACAAAGGGACUGCCGAAAAGACGAGAAAAGAGGAACGAUCCAUCGAGGAUGGGUUGCGCCUUUUCGUAACGUGUACGAUGAUUACCAUGAAGCUCUUCCCUUCUCUUUCAGCUACUUCGUUCUAUUCUUCUUCGAACUCUUCUCCAUCGAUCCAUAUUACUCUUCGUUCAGAAACCGCAACGAUCGUAAGGGCAAAGGGACGAACGAGCGAAAGGAGAUUCGAGACUCGUUGUUUUUCUUUCGAGAAAGCCACAGAAACGCCAGUCUCAUGGAAUAAUAAUAAUUCCGCUUUCACGUCAGCGAAAUGACUUUGUGACAUGAGAAAAGGGACGGAAGAAAUGAAAAAGAUGAAAAAGAUAAGGAAGAGGUGGGGGAGAGAAAGAGAGAGAGAGGUAGCAAACAUGGAAUGCACGACAUGUGUCACACAUCCGCGUGUACGCACGAGUGCCUUAGAGUUACGCGGAUACAGGGUGCGAUUUUCUGAUCGCAUCGUAAGAGGUGUUGUAUACUCGAAAGAAAUCGUUUUAUUCUUGCGAUUUUAGAAACGAGAGGCGUCUCGUACUAAAUACUAUUACCGAGUAAAGUCCGAACGUAACGUUCGAACUCUACCUCUCGUAAGUUUCUUACGAUGUCCGACGAAUAUCGUCGUUCCGCGUGACCGCCUACUCUGCGGUUUUUCAUUAGUUCAAGCGGAAGGGCGCCAUAAAUGGAACGAGCAUCGUAUAGCCGACGUUGUGGCUAUUAUCUUCUUCUAUCGAAACAUAUUCUUCAUUACCAGAACAUUGACGACAUUAAUCGACAAUUUUUCACAAAUUCUCUUCCUCUACACGAAUUUUCAUGUUUUAAAUCUCGAAGAUGAAAGCGAAAUGUCGAACUUUCCCCCCGCCCUCUCUCUCUCUCUCUCUCUCUGUCCAUUAGACGAAUGGUAGCCGAUAAUUAUCGGCAGCGAUCCGGGCCGCGGAUUCGAUAAAUGACUUUAAUAAAACGCGUCGUAUUUCAAAAGAUUGUCAGACCUUCUUCUUCUACGUUCUCGAAUGAUUAAUGCGACCACUACCGAGCCGCGGGCUUACCUUACCGCCUUCCUGCUGUGGCCACCUACCGUUCCUCCUUUCCUUUUUCCUCUCUCUCUCUCUCUCUUUCUCUCUCUCUCUCUCUCUCUUAUAUCCUUUCACGUUGGAGCUCCGUAUCUUUGGCGUCUCGCUUCUCUUCCACCUCGCCUCUCUCUUUUUCUUCCUUUUCGCGACCUCUCGAGAUGAACAGACCCAAGCACGGAAGAUGCAACGCGCUCGCGACUAGUCGAGGACACGCCCAAGACGACGCAAACGCAAACUCCAAUACGAGUAAAACGGCAAACUUUUGUAAGCAAGAUACAGUUUAAUGUUAUCCCGGCUUAUCGAAAUGGUCAAACUUUCUAUAUCUUUCAUAAAAUUUAAGCAGAUUCCAUUGAAAAAAGAAAAACUCGAGCGACUUGAAGGAUCGUUAUAAGAUAAAAAACAUCGUAGAUCGACUAUACCGAUAUAUCAACGUCCUAAAGAAAAAGAGAGAGAGAGAGAGAGAGAGAGAGAGCAGAAACGAGGAAAGACCGAGCAAGGACUAUGUCGAUUCUUCAGAGCCAAUUUGCUUUCUAAACCAAGCGAAACGUCGAGUAGACCAUUAUUAUCCGAAGAGCUCUGGUACAUAUCGCCUAACGGCCAUAAACGCACAUGUACUCGUAGCUGCAUAUAUACAUGUAUAUAUAUAUAUGCAAGGAAAAGACAAGACUCUGGCUAACGUUAAAAGGGACGCAUGUUGCCGACGAGCAUCGAGCCGUAUCGAACGUUAGAAACGCCUAACGCGUUCUCUUCUCUUUUCUUGCUCCUCGAUCCCCACAGAGACAGCACGCGUAAGCGUAGGUAGAUACAUUUUCCUGCUUAUAUUGCUAGUCGUAAGUUUCUACUUUACGGUUCAUUGGCAGCUUAUUUCUAAACUGAAAUGGUCUAAAAAGCAAAGCGACCAUUUCGUCAAUUACCGGCCAUCGAUUCUUCGUUGAAUAUAUAUAGUCAUUGGUAUCCUCCUCCUUCUCUUUUAUUUCUCAAUGCUGUCCGACUAUUACGUUCGCGAGUUUUCUCUCUCACUCUUUCGUCGGUGGGUCUCAGGGUUCACCCUUUCACCCGGGGCGUGGUGCCCGUUGUAUACGUAUCUCGGUGGUGUCCAAGGUAAAAGAGAUCAAGGAUCAAUUCCGGUUCAUUCGUACGCGGAUCAACGUAGAACAUGAUCCGCGUAGAAAAACUAAAGAGUGAAUUAUCGUCGAAAGUCGACGAUAAUUAAUGACUAUCGAACGUCAAAAGGACGCUACCGUUUUAAUUUUAGAUAGACGCAAGAGUUCUCGCUUCGUGUUUCUCCAGCGAGCGGGAGCACGCGCGAGUAGUCCUUUCACCCGCUAGAAAGGUACUACGAUAAACCGCAGCGACGCCGUUUGCGGUUGCACCACCUUCCGAAAGAAUGCAAACUAACGACGUACACGUUACGUAGAAAAGCUUUAAGCAGAGUUAAUUAUCCCUACUGUUGUAGCAUCAUCUUACGUUUUCUUUGCGAAUAAACCUAUAGGUAUUUUCAAAGGUACGCGCGCACGCACGCACCUUGAGCCACUUCUGCCGUUGCGGCGGCCUUGCCUAAAAAAAAGGAAUAAAUAAAAGAGAUAUUAAAGGAUCGUUCAAAUUUGUCGAAUCGAACGAUCAAUUUUGGGCGUGGCAAAGAGCAAAGAAGAAAUCGUAAAAACGAGUAUAACCGGCAGGUAUAUUCUUGCGCGCGCUCUAACGCGUGCUCUACUAUAUGCAUACGUGGUAUAUGCAGUCGUGGAACCCGUGCGCACGUACGUACCACCCUGUUAUAUACCGUCUUCUAUAUCUACCUCCACGCCAAGUCUCGAGAUUUCUCGAGCAAAUAUAAUAUACGAGUACGUGCAGCCCGCAGGGAGUACCGUCGUCGACGAAGGAAGACCAUAAUCUCGCUCGUCGGAAGAUGGUACCACACCCAUGGGGGGUCGCGGGAGAUGCCAGACCGGCUACUUCUACAUCUUGCCGAGCGUUAGCGGACUCGAGAGAGGCUGCUAAACUAAACGGCCAACGAACCAACGACGAGAAACGAAUGAUUUUCCGAACGAAUCGCCAAUCUGUCACGUUUUCGUCUUUUAUGUAUAUAUAUAUAUAUAUAUAUAUAUUUAUUUAUUUCUCCUUUAAAAGCAUGAUCGACCGUACGUCGAGUGUCAAAUAUAACGGAAAGCGAUAAAUCAGCGAGCAUGCAUACGUAUGUAAAUACAUCGAUCGGCAUUAAGACGGAAAUCGAGUUUUGCGUAAGAUUAUGUCGCGCGCUAAGUGGGUUACCCUAGGCGUCAUCGAUAGUCACGAUUUACGGGCACGAACGUAUGCGAACAAUUUCGCGCAACGAUACUGGUUCGACCGGUAACUCUCGUAACGAGGCUGAAUGAAGAGAGGCCGUAAGAGGAGAAAAAUACGAAAAGGGAAAGAGGUGUGGGGCUGCUACGUCGAUAAUAGAAAAAUAAAGAUAUUUCUCCAAGGUUGUGACAACAAAUAAUUUGUUUACAUACUUACAUUACUCGAUUCGUAUAGGAGACUCGUUUCUAAACGAUUAAUGUCGAAUAACGUUUCGUAAGUCGUCUUGAUUGCGUAAUCAUUUCUAAUAAUAAAGUAGCGAUGGCAACGACGAUAGGAAUGACGAUAGGAUUCGUAAGAUAUACUACGAUUUGUGAUAGACGAAAUCGAUGUCGUUAUCAAAAAUGUAAGAAGCCUGUUAUUAAGGGAUACGAAAGAAAGAGAGAAUAUC